GAUAAACCGCACCAAAGAAGAAAAAUAAGGAGCGAAUUUUCGUUGCAGGACUGGAGGACAUCAGGAAGAGAAUGCAAGCUGCAGUACGGAAACGUCAAAGCAAUGCACCCCGGUCGUCAACAAACCCCAGCCAACCAGGGUCCAAGCCAGAGGGGUCAUCAAUGAAGAGGCCACAGUUCCACUUUGACCUGUGGUUCUAUCUCACAGUGCAAAACUGGGUACUGGACUUUGGAAGGCCCAUUGUAAUGAUCAUUCUCCCUCUGGAGUGGUUCCCCCUGAACAAGCCCAGUGCUGGAGACUACUUUCACAUGGCCUACAAUGUCAUCACGCCAUUCCUACUGCUCAAGCUGAUUGAGCGGAGUCCCAGGGCCCUGCCUCGCUCCGCCGUGUACCUGAGCAUCAUCACCUUUGUGAUGGGUGCCAGCAUCCACCUGGUGGGCGACUCCAUCAACCAUCGUCUGCUGCUGAGUGGCUACCAGCUCCACCUGUCUGUCAGAGAGAACCCCAUCAUCAAAGACCUCAAACCUGCUACACUGAUUGAUUCCUUUGAGCUUCUUUAUUUUUAUGAUGAACAACUGGGACAUUUGAUGUGGUAUAUUCCUUUCUUCAUCAUCCUCUUCCUCUACUUCACUGGCUGCUUUACUCACGUCAAAGAGGAGAAGACAAUGCCCCUGUCUGGUUGGCUGCUACUCGGACCCAGUGCCCUCUACUAUUGGUACUUGGUCACAGAGGGUCAGAUCUUCCAACUCUUCCUCCUCACCUUCCUAGCUAUGGUAGCCACGGUGAUCCACCAGCGGCAUAAGGGCUCUGUCCCAGACGCCAAUGGCCUCUUUCUGUUUGUCAGCUUCUCUGUCACCAUGUGCCUGGUGGCUGUGUGGGUGGCCUGGCUGUGGAGCGACCCGGUACUGCGUAAGAAAUACCCCGGUCACCUGUACGUCCCCGAGCCCUGGUCCUACUACACAUUACACGUUAAGGACAGCCACUGAUAGGAGUGACAACAGAAUUGACAGGUCUGAAACUUUCCUGCUCCAGAUAAAUGGUCUAUCUGCUCCGCUCCCGAAUGUCAGAAUGACAUCAUCAGCAAGCGCCACAUGGAGUGUGGAUCGAGCACAGUGUUGUGCUGCAUUCUGGGACAGGCCCCUCUUUUCUACAGUUGCACCCCACCACUCCCCCAACCCCGUCCACAUGACAAUGACCAUCUUACAGUAUGCAAUGUUACAGUAUUCAUUUAAAAUAAGCCAAACUUUGAAAUGGACUCAAAGAAAGGUCAGUGUUGGAUGUACUUGAACAUCAUUGUAUUGCUUCAAGUAAGUUGUCUGAACAUUUCAAUAUCAGAUCUUUUUAGUAAUAAAUGUUUCUUACUCCA